GGCCGUGUCGAGCGCGCGUUCUGCACUAGUGUUUUUAUUUAAAUUUUCGUCGUCGGUUUGCAAUCAUCGCCGCUAUGGGGCGGUUGGACGACGACAUGAACCAGUUGGAUCACCAUCUCAACAUGAUGUUGGACGCCAUCGAACGGAUCGAGCGGAACAGGUGCCCCGGGAGCCGCCGGCGACAGCCCGUCCGGCUACUGCCUAUGCAGGCCGAACUUCGCACCCUGGAACUCUGGCGGUCCGUGAUGGCCGAGUGUCUGGCCACUUUCCUGUACGUGGCCGUAGUCUGCGGAGCAGCCACUUCGGACGCCUCGCCCGUCCUAGGAGCGGCCGCCGCUUCCGGGUUCACCAUGCUCGCGCUCACCAUUUGCCUCCAGAACGUUUCGGGAGGACACAUAAAUCCUGCUCUGACGACCGCCAUGCUGAUCACGAGGAGGAUAAGUCCCGUCAGGGCCGUCAUGUUCGUGGCUGCACAAUGCGGGGGCGCGGUGGGAGGCGCCGCCGUUAUAUACAGCGUUUCCGCUCGCAACUAUUUCACCAGCCUGUACGACCUGCCCAACAGCAGCACCACCCCUUGGCAGCGGUUCAGCCUGGGUCUGCUGCUCAUGUUUUUCAUAGUGUUCACUUACUAUGUGACAAACAACACGUUUCACAAAUGGACGGGCACUUCGGCCACGGCAAUUGGAGCAGUUUACUUUGCUUGCGGCCUGGUGGCGGUAAGACAUAACAACCCCACAAUGGUCUCAUACAAAUACCCAACGAGUAACUUUUUACAGAUGCCGUUCAUAAACCCGGCCUGCGCUUUUGGACCGGCGUUGGUGAUGAACCACUGGGACAACCACUGGGUUUAUUGGUUCGGUCCUGGAGCCGGAGGAAUUAUUGCCGGCAUCGUGUACGACCUUAUAUUCAACCCCCAAAAGCGAAAAGCCACGUUGGACGACCUUCACGACGAUGAGAACAUGUGUCAGAUUCAAAUACCUCACAAAGUCAUCAGACCUCCGCUCUCUCCUCCCACGUUGGCGCCCGAAAUCGACAUACCCGAACCCUUGUACGAAGGAAGCAAAUCGCUGUACACCCGUUCGCCCGUCUUGAGCCGAGCAAACUUGAGUCGUUCCCAAUCGCUCUACUACUCAAAAUCGACACACAACUUGCCGCCUCGCGACUACCUACCGCGGCCAGGACCUUUGUUGCCAGCGCAAUCUCUGUAUCCACUAACGACCACCGCUGCCGCUCCCUCGGCCUGUAACGACAGGUCGGACCGACAAAAUCAACAGAAUCAACAAAGGCAAUACGAACCGACUUACGGCACUAGGAGUUCUACCACGACCACAGCCAUAGCCAGUGGCAACCAUAACGGAGGCGUAUACAACAAGACUAACAGAACUGAUUCUUAUCGACAGCCACCGAAAGACUCGGCCGACGACCUCUACGGCAUUUACGGCAACACUCAAAACAAAACACAAAACCAUCACGGCAAUCAUUCGCGAAGCGAAUAUGUUUAUCGGUGGACACCUCCUAACUCGGUUAUGCACGAGUACUCUUAAUUAAUGUAUAUGUAUACUUGUACAGUUUCAUUUUGUAAAUACCAUAGAUUAAACAUACAAACACACAUGUAACUUUACCUAUUUCAAUACGAUUGGACUGCAUAAAACACAUGGUCUUAUAGUGAAGUCCAAAGAAGCGCUGCUAAAAAGCAUACAAUAUGGUCUAUCUAUGUGUGUUUAGUCAAUGUAAAUACUAAACGAUUAAUUGUAUAUAAUUAUUUUGUAUAAAGUAGAACUUUUUUAUACUUUUAAAAAAAAAAAUAA